AUGGAGCAUCCGAACAAUGUGACUGAAUUCAUUCUUUUGGGUAUUACCAAGAACUCGGAGCUGAGGAAGAUCUUGUCCGCUGUGUUUCUGGUCAUGUAUGUGGCCACAGUGCUGGGAAACGUACUCAUUGUGGUAACUAUCAUCUCAAGUCAAAGCCUGAGGUCACCUAUGUACUUUUUCCUUACUUUCUUGUCCCUCAUGGACGUCACCUACUCUUCUGUCAUUGCCCCCAAGAUGAUUGUGGACUCCUUCUCUGAGAGCACCACCAUCUCCCUUGAAGGCUGCAUGACCCAGCUCUUCGCAGAGCAUUUCUUCGGUGGUGUGGGGAUCAUCCUCCUCAUGGUGAUGGCCUACGACCGCUACGUGGCCAUCUGUAAGCCCCUGCACUACACCGCCAUCAUGAGUUCUCGAGUGUGCUGCUUGAUGGUCGGAGGCGCUUGGGUGGGGGGAUCCAUACACGCCACAAUACAACUUCUCUUCAUGUACCAAAUACCUUUCUGUGGUCCCAAUAUCAUUGAUCACUUUAUGUGUGAUUUAUUUCCAUUGUUGAAACUUGCCUGCGUAGACACUCACACCCUGGACCUCUUAGUCAUCCUCAACAGUGGGGUCAUGUGUCUAACUAUCUUCCUUAUCCUCCUCACCUCCUAUGUGAUCAUCCUCUGCUCUCUGAAGUCUUGCAGCUCAGAAGGGCGGCGCAAAGCCUUCUCCACCUGUGGCUCCCACAUCACAGUGGUGGUCUUGUUCUUUGUGCCCUGUAUUUUCUUGUACGUGAGGCCCGUGGUCACUUAUCCUAUAGACAAGGCAAUGGCUGUGUGCUUUACCAUUGUUGAACCCAUGUUAAAUCCCUUAAUCUACACCUUGAGAAAUGCAGAGGUGAAAAAAGCCAUGAGGAAACUGUGGAUGAAACAAAGGACGCUGAGAGACUGCUAG